AAGAAGCACAGGCUGGAUUCUGGAGGGACCUUGGGAUUGCCGAACCAGUCUCGUCGCUUGGACCGUUGGCUGAUUUCAGCCGUGGUGUAGCCGAUUAUCGACGUCGCCAAGCACCGCCGCCAUACCUGCGGUUACCCAUCGCUAACCUACCCUAUUUUCCAGCAGCACUCGUUUCGUAGCUCUCGCAUUUAGUUUAUUUUAGCUUGAGGGUCGCUCGGACUGAACAGAAAUUCAGCUUCUCUGGUGUGAACGAGCCUUCUAGUAGUAGUAUCUGGCAGUCUCAGCAGGUGAUGGAGUCUGAGGCUCCCACACACAUAGACGAUCUUCCUGACGACAUUCUCGAGGAAAUCAUAUUCCGCUACGAGCAUCCCGUGCCUAGGAAAUCGGAGAGCGACGAUCUGUGGGACUCCCUUUCUUUGAAUCCCACCCCGAUGUACCUCUCUGCAAACCUUUCAACCGAGAAUGCCAAGGAAACUCCAUUGCCGAUUCCCCCUCCUUCUGCGAACGCUCUCAACAUUCUCCUCGUUUCGUCUGUCUGCCGUCGCUGGCGCCAUCUUUCGCAACGUUGCGUCUCCACGCUCCUCGUCGGCGAAAAUCUCGCCGUUUCUCGCCGAGAUCUCGCGAGCGUCGUCGCUUUCUUCGCAAACAUCACCCACCUACACCUGUGCGACGGCAGCGUGGAAACCCUAGACGACGCGUUUCUCGCUCACCUCGCCUCGUCGUGCCCGGAGCUGACGAUCCUCCACGUGGGAAGCAGAAUCACGCCCGUGGAUGCGAAUGCAUAUGGCCUUAGGUCACGGAGAGACGAGCACCCGGUCACACACACCGGUUUAGAUCUUCUCUUCCGGCGGUGCGUUCAGCUGGAGCAGCUCUCACUUUACUGCGUUCAUCCCGAGACGAAAUUUCCCGCUUCCUUCUACCAGCUCGCGCAUCUCCAUACUCUCGCUCUCACAAGUGCUUCACCUCUAGAAUCUCCGAAUCUCCUCGCAAACCUCACUUCCCUCACCCACCUUCACAUUCUCUUCGAACGGCUGACUUUCCAGCAUCUAGCGAGCCUCGCUCGCCUCCCAAGCAUCACCUCUCUAAGCAUCUCUGACGAAACCAUCUCUCCGGAGCUCAAUCUCGCGCAGCUGCCUCUUCUCAAGGCGUCGCGAUGCCGUCCGCUCCUGCCCUCGCCAUCGCCGUGCACCAGCAUCCAACGGCUGGAGAUCGUCGAGUUCUACCCCGGAGACUGGGAAAACAGAUCAGGUGAAUUUGGACGGCUGCUGCCGCGCCUCCGUGAGCUGACCCUCUGCGGCGAGAGACAGCGUGGCCAGCACCGCCCUCGCUCUUCGCUGCCUCAGUCCCUCACCACGCUAAGCCUCUUGGAGAGGCUGACCGUUUCCAACUGCCCCUGGCUUUCCAGCCUGCCUGGAAAUUUCGGAGACCUGCCCGCGUUGAAGUCACUGGUGCUGCGGCAGCUGUCCCUCUCAAGCCUCCCAGACUCCCUCUCCCGGCUUUCUGCCCUGAAAAUAUUGGUGCUGCACACCCUGCCUCUCUCGGCCCUCCCUGACUCCAUUGGCCAACUCUCUGCCCUGGACACACUGGUGCUCUACCAGCUGCCUCUCUCCAACCUCCCAGACUCCCUCUGCCAUCUCCCCUCCCUGGAAACCUUUUUUCUCAUUGGCUGCACCGGCAGGCAGCAGGAUUCCCUGCAGCUGCCAGAGGGUUUCUGCUGCCUUUCUGCUCUCCAGACGCUCUGCAUCGCGGAUGUGCCUCGGUUGCGGCUUCCAAAGGACAUUGGCCAGCUGCAGGUGCUGCAGACACUUUUCCUAAACCGGCUGCUCCAGCAGACACACCUGCCGCCAUCUUUCACCCAGCUGACCUCUCUCACAAGACUCGAGCUGGGCAAUUGCAUGCUUCGACAGCUACCCACGGCCCUUGGGAACCUGACCAGCCUGAAGGAAGUGCACCUCCAUUCCUGCCGUAGACUCCAGGAGCUUCCAGAAUCCCUCACAAGCCUCUCAAGCCUUGAGGUCUUAAUGGUGGACGGCUGCACCUGGCUGUCGUCCAUUCCCAGGUACCUAGACAGUCUUGGGAAGCUCAAACGGCUGGAGCUGACGGGGUGCCAGCUCGCGACAGACCCUCCCAUCUCUCUGCCGCUCUCUCUCGAGAUUCUAAGCUUGGGAAACAGCUACCGUGCAGCUGAUCUACCGGACGUCUCCCUGCUGCCGAAGCUGAGGAAGCUCAACCUCAAGCUGGUCGGCAGGGGGGGCGGUGGGGGCGGUGGGGGCAGUGGGGGUGGUGUGGGGGAAGAAAGAAUGCCUGUUCGCUGCGACAUCUCUCUUCUGACGCACCUUGAGCUGACAUUGCCGGAUGAUGCAGAGCAGCUCCCCUUCUCCUUGGGCCUCCUCCCACAGCUGAACACCCUGAUCAUCUGGAGUGCUGGUAAGAUCCAGAAGCUUCCAAGAAUGAUGGGAUGGGCGUUGCCCCGGCUGAGGAAGCUGCACAUCCACCGUGCUGCAGAGCUAAGGGAGCUGCCUCAGAGCAUCGGCGCCUUGUCCCGACUCGGCCAGCUGACCCUGUCUGACUGCCCGGCCCUGCACCGUCUGCCGGCGUCUCUCACUCUGCUCGCCUGCCUCCAUGAGCUGACGGUUGAAGAAACCGCCCUUGGCUGGUUUCCUCCCGGGUUUGGGCGUCUGACCAGGCUGAGGAGGCUCAGCCUGCAAGGGUGCUUGUGGAUGCAGGCUCUGCCAGAGGACGUGAGUGAGCUGAAAUUGCUGCAGAUUUUGAGCAUUGGUCGCUGGCAUGUGCUGGACUAUAGAGGAUGUAUGGGCCAGCCUAGUGGGAUUGAGGGGAUGUACGGGCUGAAGAUAGAGUAGAGUUGCAGCAGCACUGCACGCACAGCAUGCUUUGACUAGGUUAAAGCCCGCUGCUAAAAUAGCAGACCUGGAAACUGUCAAACAUUAGUAUAUCUAGUGUUUGUAUAUACUGUAUAGGGUCACCUCUUAGAGAGUACAACCCUUAGAUAUGAAUGCUUGUACCC